AUGGAACCUACAUGUAAAGAAAGGAGUCUUUUAUACUUACUUCUCUUUGCGAUAUGCACAGCCAGCGUUUGCUUUUGUGCAAGAAGAUCAAAUGUUCGGAGAUCUGAUCGCCUGAGUCCCCCAUUGGACAUCCAGCUGGAGACAAUCAACUGCACCGCCUUUAGUGUACGAUGGAAGAUGCCCCGGCGACACGUUAGCACCAUCACUGGAUACAAGGUCUUCUAUACAGAGGUGAGGAAUGGCCGUCCAUUGGGUGCAGCGUCUUUGAUGGAGGUGCCUCUAAGCUUGGACAUGCUAACCACUGGGCAAUUCGAUGGACAAGCAAGCUUUGAUGUGGACAUUGCUAACUUAAAGAUGAACACCAAGUACAGAGUCAGUGUUGGAGCAUAUGGUUGGGCAGGGGAGGGUAGACCCAGCAUGCCCAGAGACAUCGGCACUGCUUCACAUGAAAUGUGCAUGCCCCCUUCACCCCCCACCACGCCUGUCGUCAUGGCGGUAUCUGACACAGAGCUGGCGUUGUCAUGGCAGCAAGGAGAGAGUGAGGGAAGUGCACCUGUCCUUCACUUCCUGGUGGCUUACAUCAGGCCAGAAAUGGACACGGAGUGGACGUAUAUUCGGGAGCCCAUUGUGACUAACUCCAUGGUUUUGAAGGGGUUAUUACCGGAAACAGAGUAUCAGUUUGUUGUCAGGGCGGUCAACGUACAUGGAGCCAGCCCACCCAGCCACAUCAACAACCCUGUGCGCACUCUCGGUCCAUCAGAUGUUGGCAGUGGUGAUUACGGGCGUUACAUCACAGAUUCAAAGAUCAAAGAUGAAGAUGGCUUCGACAUUGACGACUCUGAUUAUGAUAUCUUUAUUGAAGAGUUGAAGCCAUUCCCUGGUAUCAAUGAGGACAACAGAAAGUCUCAGCUCCGCUCACGCUCUGGUCCGCCGUCUGGUCGGAACGUUGUUUACCGUAUGAACACCAUUGCUCCUCCCAACGUUACUGCCCCUCCAGCUUCGUCCUCGUCCAUCUUUCCAGACUUCACAGAUCUGGUAUUCCCAACCACCUUAGAGUCGAGUACCACUAUGGACACCACCACUUCUGCCCCACUCACCACUACCAGCGUCACUGUGCCCACCACCACCACCACCCCAACCAUGUCCCCCUGGAAAGGUGAGGUACCUCGUGUGUACGACCUGACAUGCGAUGACACUGUGUGCCCCCCUGACAGCUUCUGUCUUAGUGAUUACGACAGUGGAGGCUCGCGCUGCCACUGUAACCUCGGGCGAAGAGGGGACACUUGCUCUGAGGUGGUACCUGUGAACUUUCCCAGGUUCUAUGGCUACUCUCACAUCACCUUUGAACCCUUGAAGAAUUCUUACCAGACAUUUCAGAUCACUUUGGAGUUCAAGGCAGACUCCGAGGAUGGCUUGUUGCUAUACUGUGGAGAGAAUGAACAUGGCCGUGGAGACUUUACCUCUUUGGCUCUGGUGCGAGGCAAACUGCACUACAGGUUUAACUGUGGUACAGGAGCAGCUCAGAUAGUCAGUGAGAGUCGUGUUGUUGUUGGUCAGUGGCACACAGUCACCGCCUUCAGAGAUGGCAUGAGCGGCUGGCUGCGCAUGGACAACGAUAACCCCAUUUCUGGACGCUCACAGGGCCAGUACACUAAGAUCACGUUCCGCUCCCCAUUGUAUGUGGGUGGAUCACCGAGUGCUUAUUGGCUGGUCAGGGCGACAGGGACAAAUCGUGGCUUUGUCGGCUGCAUUCAGAGUCUGACCGUCAACAACAAGGCCACAGACAUCAGACCCUGGCCUCUGGGCCGAGCUCUGAGUGGAGCUGACAUAGGUGAGUGCAGCGACAGUGUAUGUGACCUGGUCAGCUGUGCCAAUGGUGGAGUCUGCUUCGCAAACCGUGCCGAUGGCUACAUCUGCCUAUGCCCACUGGGCUUCAGGGGAGCACUUUGUGAAGAGAGUUUUUCACUGUCCUCCCCUCUCUUUAAUGAGACGGUAUUUUCAUAUGCUGUCAUCCCGUGGCCUCAGUCCUCUCAGAGUUAUCUGUCCUUUAUGGAGUUUGAGCUCACAUUUCGGCCGUCGAUGCCCGACGGGACGCUGCUGUAUGCUGAUGAUGCAGGCAGCGGAGACUUCCUGGCUAUUAACCUGGUGGAUAGAUAUGUAGAGUUCAGAUUUGAUUGUGGCUCUGGAGGCGCUACAAUAAGGAGUGAAGAGCAGAUCAGUCUAGACACAUGGCAUGAACUCAGGGUGUCCCGCACAGCAAAGAGUGGUAUCCUUCAGGUGGACAGCCAGAGGCCAAUGGAAGGGAUCGCUGAGGGAGCUUUCACUCAGAUCAACUGCAGCUCGCCUCUUUAUGUUGGUGGAGUACCAGAAUAUGAUAAAACCAAGAACACAGCAGGAGUAAUAAAGCCCUUCACUGGAAUUAUUCAGAAGCUGAUACUCAAUGACCGCACCAUCCCAAUAACAACUGGCUCUGCUGGUGGAGUUAAUGUGGCGAAUUCAGCACACCCAUGUGUGGAAAGUCCCUGUGCCAAUGGAGGGACGUGCAGGCCAAAGUGGGAUACUUACGAGUGUGACUGCCCACUAGGGUAUGAUGGGAGGCACUGCCAGAAAGAGUGUGGGAAUUACUGUUUGAACACGGUUACUGAAGCCAUAGAGAUCCCACAGUUCAUUGGCCGAAGUUACCUGACAUAUGACAACAGAGAUAUUCUGAAAAGGGUGUCUGGGUCCAGGACCAACCUCUUCAUGCGGUUUAAGAGCACAGCCAAGGAUGGCCUGUUGCUAUGGCGAGGAGACAGUCCAAUGAGACCUAACAGUGACUUCCUGUCUAUGGGGCUUCAGGAUGGUGCACUAAUCUUCAGUUAUAACCUGGGCAGUGGUGCAGCUAACAUUGCUGUCAACGGGACGUUCAGUGAUGGAAAGUGGCACAGAGUCAAAGCUGUGAGGGAUGGCCAGUCAGGGAAGCUGACAGUGGAUGACUAUGGAGCAAAAACAGGCAGGUCACUUGGAAAGAUGAGACAACUCAAUAUCAACGGACCCUUAUAUGUUGGUGGCAUGAAAGAGAUAGCUCUUCACACAAACAGACAAUACAUUGGAGGCUUGGUGGGCUGCGUGUCCCACUUCACACUCUCCACUGAUUAUCACUUAGCACUGGUGGAGGAUGCUUCUGACGGCAAGAACAUCAACACCUGCUCCAACUAG